GUACUUGAAGUGAAGUGCAGAGAUGGGUUCGGUGGGAGCAGAGCGCCGAAGGCCCACGCCGGCUGAGACUCCCGAAGAUAGGGAUGUGUGGCGAGAUGGAGGAAGAGCUGGAUGGAGGGAUGUGGGGAGGGAGGGCUGGAGAGAGGGAAGAGAGAGCAGCGUGGUGCAGAGCUACAGCUUCGACUCGUAUCAGCUGGAGGAGGAGGAGAUCAAUAAAGAUGCCCCGGAGCGAGGAGUGCUGGCUCUGUCCGAACCCGACUCUGAGGAGCCAAUCCCUGACGACCGUUACCAUGGCAUCUACUUUGCUAUGCUAUUGGCUGGAGUGGGUUUCCUGCUUCCCUACAACAGUUUCAUAACUGAUGUGGACUACCUGCACCACAAGUUUGAAGGCACAUCCAUUGUGUUCGACAUGAGUCUGACGUACAUCCUGGUGGCUCUGUUGGCCGUCAUCCUCAACAAUGUGCUGGUGGAAAGACUCAGCAUGCACACCAGAAUUACUGUGGGUUACAUCUUAGCUCUGGGGCCGCUGGUCUUUGUCAGUGCGUUUGAUGUCUGGCUGGCAAAGUUCACCACAAGACAGGCUUACAUCAUCAACCUUGUGUCAGUGGGAGUGGUAGCCUUCGGAUGUACAGUGCAGCAGUCCAGUUUCUAUGGUUACAUGGGGAUGCUGCCAAAGAGGUACACACAGGGAGUGAUGACCGGAGAGAGUACAGCCGGGGUGAUCAUCUCCCUUUCUCGCAUCUUCACGAAGCUGCUGAUCACUGACGAGCGGAGGAACACGCUCAUCUUCUUCCUAGUCUCAAUCAGCAUGGAGAUGCUCUGCUUCCUGCUUCACCUGCUGGUCCGACGCUCCCGAUUUGUCCGCUACUACACCAACCACGCUCAGGGCAAAGGCCAGGGCAAAGGUCAUGACCCGCGUGACAACGGGACUGGAUACAGGGUUCACCACGACGUCACUGCAGAGGAAGUAAGAUUUGGAAAUGGUGGGACAGGACCGUCCUCGACAGAAGAAGGCGUUGAGGACUUUGUGGGUGGUACCUAUGUACGAUUUGAUGCCCCAAAAGCCAAGAUAAGGAGGAGCUGGCCUGGUGUCCGCGACAUGAUCUUGCAUCGUUACGUGGUGUCCCGUGUGAUCUGGGCCUACAUGCUGUCUAUAGCAGUGACCUACAGCAUCACUCUGUGUCUGUUCCCCGGGCUGGAGUCUGAGAUACGAAACCCCACCUUAGGAGAAUGGCUCCCCAUCCUCAUCAUGGCCACCUUCAACAUGUCGGAUUUUGUUGGCAAGAUCUUGGCAGCGCUGCCGUACGACUGGUCUGGAGGCCGCCUGCUCUUCUUCUCCUGUCUCAGGGUGGUCUUCAUCCCUCUGUUCGUCAUGUGCGUGUACCCGGCCAGCACACCCACACUGUCCCAUCCCGCCUGGCCCUGUCUCUUCUCCCUCCUCAUGGGAGUCACCAAUGGAUACUUUGGGUCUGUGCCAAUGAUUCAGGCUGCUGGCAAAGUGCCGCCCGAACAGAGGGAGCUGGCAGGGAACACCAUGACAGUCUCCUACAUGACAGGCUUGAUGGUGGGCUCCGCUGUUGCGUAUGCAGCUUACAGUUUCACCGCUCCAGGAACAGCAACACGCUUCGCCACGCUCAACAUACACACACCUGCCAACGCUACAGGUUACUGAAUGACUACACACAAUUAAAAGACGCACACGAAGACAUGGACAUAAAUACACGUACAUGUACACGCACCUGCCGCCAUUUACACACGUAGGAUCCUGGAAGGAGAAGCAGCAAAGACUGACGGACCUCUGACAGAUAGAUUGUCCUUCGUCCAAAUCAUGCUUCGAUUUGGCUCUUUGGCUAAAGGAAGAGGAAAUUUAGCGUUGGAGGAAAUUAUUAUAAACAGUUAAAACGCAGCAGAUUUAUCCACUCGCUCAUUCUCCAGCCUGGUGAUCCAGUGACCAUCACAUGUUCCUGCUGUGAUGAACUUUUCCCAGGAGGUGGACAACAGGAGCUGUGUACCUGUCAGCCCUUUGAGUGUCUCAAAGCGUAAUUAUUGUCUGCAUGUGGUUGCGAACAGAUCGGCUGACAUUUGUACAGUGAAAAGUCAAGUGAUGUUUCGCAGCAGGGAAUGAACGCCUCACACUUCCAAAGGAGACCUUGUGUCUUGCGUCACACGUUACAUUUCAUGAUUUUUCUGAACUGUUGCUGUUCAAAAUAGAGAUAUGAUGUCAGUGUGGAUUUUUCUGGAGAGGUUGGGUCAGCUGUUUCCUCAUUAUAAUCUCCUCUGUUGAAAAUGCUAUUUUUUGACACUAAAUUCCAUCCAUGGCAAUUUGAUUUGUGUAAUGUUAUCAAAUUCCUCCAACUGCACCAUUUAAAAACGACAAAAGUGACUCUUUAGCUUCGGUAAUCUGAUGUUUUUCUGAGGAUAACGGAAUAUGUGGGCUCAUGUGGGUAUGAUUAUGAGAGGGAUUUGAAUAAUUGGAAACCCAGGCAAUGUUUUCUUUGCCAGCUGAGAACUGAAAACCUUUGUUAUGUUUUACAGGAAAAGAAAAAAAGAGGGAGUUUGAUAUAAAAACACAUAUUUAGCAUGUAACAAGAGGUAACUGAACCGUUAACACUGCGACACAGAAUUGGAACUUGGAAAAUGUAUUUUUUUAUUUUAUUCUGUCUUUAAGGGAGUUACAGUUUUUCUUUAACGACAUACACAGGUCAUACAAGAUACUGUCAAAACUCACAUUUUCUUUGAGUUGUUGUGUUUUUAUAGACAGGUUCUUACUAACAUCAACGCAUCACAACGGAGCUUUAUCUUCGCUCACCAAAAAUGUACUGAAAUCUUUACAGUCCAUCUGUUUCGUCUCCGUUUCAGCUUGUUUGUCUGAUCUGAAUUGAAAAAGCUUCAGCUGCAUUUAUUUUCAGUUUCAUUCCUAUCAGCCUUAUGUAGGACUAUAUCUGAAAAAUAACUAUUAGAAGUGAAUAAUGUUAAACCUUUUUGCAGUUAUUAUGAUUACCUGCAAUGUCGCUGGCAGCUGCUCUUCCCUGUUUCACUCAUGCUAAAAGAAGAAGCGCGUAAGCGGACUUCAGUCUGCUCUGUGAGGUUCACGUCACUGUGUGCUCCCUCUGGCGGCUGAGAAGAGAACAACAAGUUCGGUAUGAUUUUUUUUUUGUAAAUGGCUUGUGUCCCUUCGUGGUCCUUCUGAGCUGUUUCUGUGUUUAAGGUCCAUGUAAUGAUGUGGGAUAUUAUUGGGGGGAGCCAUUACUGGCUAAAAGUCUGCCUGUUUCUGAUCGGUGUUAGUAGCUGAGAAAAAAAAAAAAAGAAUGUAAAGUUGUAAAUAUGCGGAAUAAAAAUGCACU